AAAUGCAAUGUACACAACCUUUCAUGUCAUCUUGAAUGAAGAAACCCCUCUUCUCUAUCUGUCUAACGAUUUACAGGAAACCCUAACUGUUCAUCUUUUUUUUUUUUUUCCUCCCCUCAAAGUUGUUCCGUUCGGAAAAAUCAUACCCUAAACUGAAAAAAUCAUACAUAUGUAAACAUAUAUCGGACAAUAUUAUGCGUGUAUAAGAAUUUUGUGAUUUGUGCAUGAUUGAGAAUCAAUAUCAGGAACAAAUUUUAGGUUUUUGUUUUGUUAUUUUGUGUGUGAAUAUGCUAGGGUUUGGUUUUAAAUUUUUUUUUUAAUGGAUUUUGGUGGUAUCAGAUUGGAUCUGUUGAUUGAUUGAUUAGUGUGUUUGAAGGUUAUUUUCUUGCAAUGGCAAACGGUUCGGAGCAAGGGGAAAUUGUGGUUUCGUCGAUUAGGACAGGAAUGAAGCGUGAGUUUGCGAUGAUGCUGAAGGCUCAGGCUGAAUGUGGCAUUGGGAUUGGUCAAAGGAGAGUUACUAGGUCACAGUUGAGUUCUCAGAAUAGUCCGGGGAAUAAUAGUAAUAGUGCUAAGGUUUCUGCGAAAAAGCGGAAGAAGGAGAGUAAAAAUGGAACUGUGGGCGAAGAUUUGUCAAAUUCGAAGGAAUUUGAGAGCAAUGGGGUGGUGAAACGGGAAGAAAGUGUGGUUGUUUUGUUGAGUGAAGAGGAGGAGCCAAAGAGUGAUGUGGUGGAUUUGGAUUGUAAUAGUGAUGAUGAGAAGAAAAGUAAUAAGAUGGAUGACGAAGUUGUUGGUAAAAAUGAGCAAAAUCGUGCAGAUGAUAGUAAGGCUGAAACGGGUAAAAUGGCAAAUGCGUAUGAUAACUUUGUUGAAGCAAUGCCUGAAAUUGUUCCUGAGUUAGCUGUUACUGCUCAGGUUGAUGGUAAAAAUGAGCAAAAAGAUGAUACUAAGAUUGAAAUGGCUAAAACAGCAAAGGCCGACGAGAGCAUUAUUGAAGUUAUGCCUGAUAUUGGCACUGAAUUAGCUGUUACUGCUCAGAGUGAUGGUAAAAAUCAGCAAAAUUGCGGGGAUGAUAGUAAGAGUGAAACUGGUAAAACCGCGAAGGCCAAUGAUGGCUUUGUUGAAGCAAAGUCUGAAAGUGUUACUGAAUUAAUUGUUACAACUCUGGUUGAUGGUAAAAAAGAGCAAAAUUGUGGGGAUGAUGGUAAGACUGAAAUGCCCAAAAAGGCCGAUGAUUGCAUUGUUGAAGCAAAGUCUGAAAUUACUGAAUUAGCUGUUACUGCUCAGGGUGAUGGUAAAGAUGAGGAAAAGGUGUCAUUUGAGAUGCCCACAAGGCGGUUUACUAGGUCUGCUCUGAAAGCGAAAGGGGAAGCAAAUGUAUCUCAGUGUGAUAGCAUUAAGAUUGAAGAGGAGGUUCAUGAAACUGAUUCUGUAGGAACUAUGUCUGCUCCUGCAAAGUUGGAGUUGAAGAUGUCCAAGAAAGUUGCACUAACUAAAAUUCCCACAAAGUUGAAGGAUCUGCUUGAUACAGGUUUACUGGAGGGUUUACCUGUUCGCUACAUUCGUGGCACGAAGGUGAGAGGGCGUCCGGAAACAGGACUUCGGGGAGAGAUUAGAGGGCCGGGAAUACUGUGCUUCUGUGAUAACUGUCAUGGGACAUCUGUUGUUACGCCAAAUCAAUUUGAGCUGCAUGCGGGUAGUGCCAACAAACGUCCACCAGAAUACAUCUAUUUGGAGAAUGGAAAAACUCUGAGGGACGUGUUAAUUAUGUGUAAAGAUGCUCCUUCUGAUGAACUGGAAGCAGCCAUAAAAAAUGCCAUUGGAAGUGCAGAUGCCAAAUUUUAUGUUUCAGCAUGCACGCCCGUAAAGGAGUUUAAAUCUAACCCUUCUGAAAUUAGUGAAGCUAGUAGCAGGUCCACCUCAUCGGUGCCUGUUACAAAGUUGACCGAUCGAAUGCCUUCUGGCAGUGGAACUCAAAGCAAAGUUCAUGGAAAGUUAACUAGAAAGGACCUGCGGAUGCACAAACUUGUAUUUGAGGAAGAUGCACUACCUGAUGGAACUGCAUUAGCAUAUUAUGUCCGCGGACAGAAAUUGCUUGAGGGUUAUAAGAAAGGUCAUGGAAUUUAUUGCUACUGUUGCAAUACUGAGGUCAGCCCUUCACAGUUUGAAGCUCAUGCAGGUUGCGCUUCACGCCGGAAGCCUUAUUUGUACAUAUAUACUUCCAAUGGGGUGUCUCUGCAUGAGUUGUCUAUCAAACUUUCAAAAGAACGAAGGUCCUCGGCCGAAGAAAAUGAUGAUCUCUGCUCCAUAUGCGCUGAUGGAGGGGAUCUCCUGUGCUGUGACAAUUGUCCAAGAGCUUUUCACUCAGAGUGUGUUUCUUUGCCAAGUAUUCCCACGGGUACCUGGUAUUGUAAAUACUGUGAAAAUAUGUUUGCAAAAGAAAGAUUCGUCGAGUUUAAUGCCAAUGCUAUUGCUGCUGGGAGGGUUGCUGGAAUUGAUGCCUUUGAACAGAUAACAAAGCGUUGCAUUCGCAUGGUGGAAGCUCUAGACACUGAAGUUAGUGUUUGUGUGCUGUGCAGGAGUCAGGAUUUCAGCAAAUCAGGAUUUGACCCACGGACAGUAAUUAUUUGUGAUCAGUGUGAGAAGGAGUAUCAUGUUGGAUGUUUGAAGGAGCACAACAUAGAUGACUUACAGGAGUUGCCAAAAGAUAAAUGGUUUUGCUGCACAGACUGUAGGAGAAUUCAUUUUGCUCUGGAAAAGCUGGUAUCAGAAGGCGAACUGAAGAUUCCAGAGUCUCUGUUCAAAGUCUUGAAGGAGAAGAACGAAGGAAAAGAUUCAGAGAAUAACUCCAGUCUGGACAUUAAAUGGCGGUUGCUGAGUGGGAAAAUGUCAUCUGAAGAAACUAGGGUCUGGCUAUCUGGUGCUGUUUCCAUUUUCCAUGAUCGAUUUGACCCAAUUGCUGAUGCAAGUACUAGCCGUCUAGAUUUGAUCCCACACUUGGUCUAUGGAAGGAAUUUCAAGGACCAAGACUAUGGAGGGAUGUUCUGCGCAAUAUUAUUGGUCAAUUCUUUGGUUGUUUCUGCUGGCAUUGUCCGUAUUUUCGGGAAGGAAUUAGCAGAACUCCCUUUAGUUGCGACAAGUUCUAAUUGUCAAGGACAGGGCUACUUUCAGUCUUUGUUUUCUUGUAUUGAAAACCUUCUGCAGUCCCUGAAUGUAGAAAACCUUGUACUUCCUUCAGCAGCAGAAGCAGAGUCAAUCUGGACAAAUAGAUUUGGCUUUAAGAAGAUCACUGAAGAACAGCUGAAAUACUAUCGGAAAAAUUACCAGAUGAUGGUUUUUUCUGGAACAUCCAUGCUGCAGAAGCAGGUUGGGGGUUCUUGAUGCGAUGGUGGUUGGCCUUGGUGGCUUUCAUUUUACUGAAGAGAAGCAAUUGAAUUUUGGAGGCAUGAUUUGUUCUGCACAUAUUUUGUGGAAAUUGGGUUCCAUUUUCCCGUCUAAGUCAAAACGAUGUAUAGUUCAGGUUUCGUUUUGGUGUAUAUAGGGGAUAGUGUAGUCUCAAUCUGUUAUGCUUGCUGGAUUCGGCAAUACAGGCAAGAACUGUCGGUAUGUGAAUGUACACAUCAGUUGUUAAGAGGAGCUAUUGUUCGGAAAAAUUGGAUCAUCUCAGUUUUGGAAGUUGCCAACAGAUACUCUCACAGGAUUUAGAUAGGGUGUCUGUUGUUUUUAAGGGGUGUGUUGAUUCUCUUAUAUGAGAAGGUCCUGAUCUGCUCUAGUGGCUCCAUUUUUGCUACAUUAACAAUUGAAAACUCUCCUUAGUUUAUCAUAGUAUAGUUGAUUUGUUAUUUUAAUCAUUAUUAGCACUCUUUCUU